AUGAGUGGAGGCGGGAGCAGCUCGUCCUCCUCGCCCACGAAGCCACGCCACCAAAAUCUCCCGCCACCGCUCAAGACGCCCACCCUCCUCACGCCGCAGCAUGGCGGCUCGACACCAAAGCCGCAGCACACGCCUCCCCUCCUCCUGACCGUCCGCUUCUCGACCUCCAUCCCCGACCUGCUCCUGGACAUCCCGCACCCGGGCCGGACCACCGUCGCCGCGCUCAAGCACCUGAUCCGCACGCGCCUCGAGCAGCCCACCUCCCAGCGCCGCCUGCGCUUCAUCCACGGCGGCAAGAUCCUCCCGGACACCGCGGUCGUCGGCACAGUCCUCAAGGCGAUCCCGCCGCCGCCGACGGCCAGGGACGAGCAUGACCCCAAGGGCAAGGGAAAGGGAAAGGCCGUCGAGGGCGGCGCCGCGCAGAGGGUCUACGUGAACUGCAGCAUCGGCGACCUGCUCACGGACGCGGAGCUCGGCGAGGAGAGGAGGAGGGCCGAGGAGCCCGUGCCCGAGCAGCCGCCGCCCGGCGCGGGGGGGCUGUCGUCGCCGUACCCAUCGAGCCACUCACCGCUGCCUGGUGCCGGCGCGACCCCGGGCGCAGGGGCCCCGGAGCAGCAGCAGCAGCAGCGGGCGCCGCGCGGCUUCGACAGGCUCCUCUCGGCGGGCUUCACGGCGGCCGAGGUCAACCAGCUGCGGCUGCAGUUCCGCUCGAUCCAGGAGGCGCGCCACACUGCCGACACGCUUCCGAGCCCGGACACGCUGCGGGGCAUGGAGGACGCGUGGAUCGACAACAACAACGACGCGGCGCCCGCCGCCGCGAUGCCGGCCGGAAGUGACGAGGCCGAGGCCGUUGCCGCUGCCGGCGGAGGGGAGGAGUUUGGCGUCGCUGGCGUGCUGGACAUACUGCUCAAGGGCAUGUUCAUCGGGUUCAUCUGGCCGCUCGGGGCUAUCGGGUGGCUUGUCCGGGACGAGGAGAAGAUCCCCAAGCGGAUGCGGGUGUUUGUCUACUUUGGCUUCGUGCUGAGCUUGCUUAUUGGCACGAUCCGGGCCAUCGGGUAG